UAUGUAAUUCCUCGCUCAGAUUAGGGUAACUCGACUUUCUAACCCUAAAUCUUUUUCUGAUUUUCUCUUCCAAAUCGGUGAGAGCGUCUUCCAAUUCGCUUAGGUGUUUUGUGUGCCUGACUCUUAGUACAAUUCACUCAUGCUUUGUUCUACCAACAUCGUAAAGUUCGUGCCGCCGGAGAGGCAACGGAAUCUCACCGGACGGCUGUGAUUUUGCACUUCUAUGGCUUCCGCCGUCUUAGCCAACCGGAACGAACCUAAUUGGCCGCAGCACAGAGUUGGUGGAGCUGGAUUAAUGGGAAAAGCACCCUUCGCUAAUUCUAAUCCUAAAUUAGCAAAUAGCAAGAGGACCCAGGCUGCUUCUGACGAUGCUUCUUCUAUCAACAGGCGAUCCAAUGAAGCAGUGACUCACUCCCAAUACGUGUCCUUCAACAUCGGAUCCUUAUUGAAGAAGGAACUCUACGACAUCAAGAAUAGGCUUGUCGCAGAGCUCGAUCAGGUUCAGAAAUUCAUAACUCGAAUCGAGUCAGCGGAGUUACAACCUGGGCAGAGCUUCAAUGGCCACCCGAAGAAAUCCUCGAGCAAAAAGGUGUCCGGCAACAAGCGACCCUUGCCGUUGAAUUCCACGAAGGAGUUUAAACGUUCGCAUCCGGAAGUUGGGAACUUGAUGAAGGGCUGCUCGCAGGUUUUGCAGAAGCUGAUGAAGCAUAAACAUGGGUGGAUCUUCAAUGUACCAGUUGACGCUGUCAGAAUGGGUCUCCAUGAUUACUACGAUAUAAUUAAACAGCCUAUGGAUCUUGGAACGGUGAAGUCCAAUCUUUCCAAAAACAAGUACUCGACGCCUUCCGAUUUUGCCUCUGAUGUGAGGUUAACGUUCAACAAUGCACUGACUUAUAACCCUAAGGGUCACGAUGUGUACACCAUGGCGGAGCAGCUUUUGACGAGGUUUGAGGAGCUGUAUUGCCCGAUACAUGAGAAACUCGAAGAUUUGGUAGGACAUGAUCGCGAUUUUGAGGAGGAAUUGCAAGCUAGUUCGUGGAACCACGUUGAGCCAGAGAGGGUGAAGAAGAAGGAGAAUCCGAUCCCUCCUGCUAAAUUGCAACAAGAGCCUCCGCAGCCAGCUCCAAGUUCUUCUAACCCUCCUUUGCUGCAGUCCCCCGUGCGCACACCUUCUCCCAUGCGAGUCCCUCCCGUUAAGCCUUUGAAGCAGCCUAAGCCGAAGGCUAAGGAUCCCAACAAGAGGGAGAUGAGUCUUGAAGAGAAACACAAGCUGGGGUUAGGACUGCAGAGUUUACCAGCAGAGAAAAUGGAACAGGUGGUGCAGAUCAUAAGGAGGAGGAACGGGCAUUUGAAGCAGGAUGGGGAUGAGAUCGAGCUAGAUAUUGAGGUUGUUGACACAGAGACUCUUUGGGAACUUGAUAGGUUUGUGACUAAUUAUAAGAAGAUGGUUAGCAAGAUUAAGAGGCAGGCAUUGAUGGGCAACAUCAACAACAGUGUGGCGCCAAACAAGGCCAAUAUGGAAUUGCCUGCUAGUGAGAAGGCUGAUGGGAUGCCAACUGAGUUGAAGAAGCCAAAGAAAGUAGAAGCAGGAGAUGAGGACGUUGACAUUGGUGAUGAUAUGCCAAUGGGUGUGUUUCCCCUGUGGAGAUUGAGAAAGAUAAAGAUGUUGCUGGUGGCCAUGCAAGUAGUAGUUCUAGUAGCUCUAGCGGUUCAAGCAGUGACUCCCCAUCGUCAAGUGAUUCGGAUUCUGGUAGUUCCUCUGGAAGUGAUUCCGAAGCAGACAAUGGGCAUUCGUAGCUGCCAGGGAUAUUUGUUACUAGUGGUCAAACAUGAUCAUGCUGGUGGGUGGAUGAAGAAAUUCUUGCUUCAUUGGCUUCCUUUGAGGGUGUGGAUUGAAUACAUGGACAAGGGAUUGUGAUAGUUGGUUCUGUUGUGGGUUGGGUGUGGGAGUGGCGGUUUGGAUUGUGGAGCUGGACACCUGCUUGAGGAUUUGGGGUGUGAUAUAAAUCUGUACAAAUAAAUUCGGAAACUAAAGUAAUCACCAAAACGAUUUGUAGGCCAAAGUGUAGACUGAAAUGUGAAAAUCCUAGGAUGGGCUCGUUGAAGAGAUUUAGAAAUAGAAUGCAGAGAAUUAAUAUUGAGUUUUACCUUGUACACAUUAACCACAGUAUAUAGAUGGAACUUCUUAAAUCCAUUUUUUGGAUCUGUGCAUUGGAUUUUUUUGGAUCGUUAAUCAGUUAAAAGACUGGGGUAAUGAGGGGAGGAAAAAUGGCCGCUGAGAAUCCUUUGGAGAUGAAAACUAAGCGAAAAGGCUACGAAGAUGAAUCAUUCAAUUUAAGGUCGUCCUAUCAGACAGGGUUGUGGUUAUACCUCUGGUUACAGAUUAUUAUUCCUAUGUAAAGAUUUGAAGAUGCCACGUCUGGUCCUCGAAGGAUCAAAAACAUUCUGCAUGUUUAAAGAGAUGCAUGCAUAAGGCGUUUGUACGUGGAAGAUGUUUGAAGUGCUUAAUAUGCGUUGCCUCGGACUCUUAUCAAUUUGCCGGUUGUGGAGUUUUGGUACUCUUGUCUACUCAACGAUGACCAAACUUUAGAGUGGGGUAUGAUUUUCUAUUGGAUGCAAUAGAAUACCCUAUUAACUACCAGGUGACCUAUUUUCUGUGACAUGGUUUAACGCUCCUUUAAUCCCUAAAUGUCACCAUCGAUUUUGUUGAAAUGGAUUCUCAAGUAGCUUUGAACUUGGUCUUGUGGGGAUAUGAAUUUUUUUCUCCCUAUUGCUUUUCUUCUUGUCAGAGCAUCCGGGGGCUAGUUGGAACAUCCGUUUUCAUGUUAACUAUGGUCAUUUCGUAGACUUUGAUGUUCUUUUCAGCAUUAUUGUGUCUUAUUUCAACCAAGAGUCGAAAGAAAGCCUCUUUUUUCAUGAA